AUGUUUAUUAAGAACGAGAGAGUUCUCAGUAGUUCAUCGAUGGACGAGGGUGUCCUCGAUGAAAAGACACGAGUUGAGCGAUAUGACUCCCAAUCGUGGGAAUCGCUCAAGACGAAUCAAAUCUAUGAAGAUUUGGUUGAAUUCAAGGAUGUACUCCCUGAAACUGUUCCGUGCGAGUUCCCGAAGGAUAAAGGUAUUAGACACGAGGUCGAGCUUAAAUUAGGCUCGAAGUACCGUGUCAUGAAGCAGUGGCCACUGCCUCGUGAACAAGUACUUGCGAUCGACAAGUUCUUUGCCGAUCGUUUAGCUGCGGGUCAUGUGAGGGAAUCAACUUCCCCCAUAGCUCUCCGACCUUCUGUGUGCGAAAAGCAACAGGAGGGUGGCGGAUAG